CAACGCUCCGUACCUACACAUCGCUCACGGAAGUCUCAGAGGUCGGACGUGCGCACGUAAUAUCUAAAUAAUUACCGAAAUAACUUUAAAGUUACUUUUACAAUGGCGUCUAAUAUGGAAGUAGGUGCUGAGGCUGGCGCAGUAAACCCUCCGAAGGAAGAGGUCGAACAGGGGGCUGAAGCGAAAGCUAAUAAGCCAGAAGAAAAGGAAAAGGAAAAAGAAAAGGAAAAGGAAAAGGAAAAAGAAAAGGAAAAAGAAAAGGAGAAGAAAAAGAAGGAGAGGAAUGUGCCCCCGCCCAGAGAGAGCGAGGAAAUGAUCGCGAAUCUGCUAAAUCGCAUGACUUCCAUUACCCGAGACCCAGCUAUGAUACCUAUGCUGUUGGGGCAAGAUGACAGAAUGUUCAAUGUCACCCGGCCCACUGUUUUUCACUCCGAAAAUGAUGACGAGAUUGACUACAUAGUCAUGCCAAUCUAAAACCUGAUAUGACUAUGCAGUCUAUCAGCCUUCAUAUUAAUUUCUGCUUAAACGAUCAAUGUAUUUCUUUUGCUUAUUAAAAUAAACGAUUGCGCAAUGUAGUGACA